CGUAGCGUACGCACGCAGAAAAAGCUGCUGUGGCCUCCCCGGCUUCUCCUCGCACCACUUAUUCUGCGAUUUACUUUUUUCCCCUCUCAAAAUGUGGGCUGCUCGAACCGCUUCCUCGUUGGCCACGCAUGGGGUAUCCCAGCUUUAUCAGCAUGUCGAAAGCCGAGAGCCAAAGGGAACACGCUCCUAGGUUUCUGACGCCGCCGUCAACGCCAAGGAGGGUCAUUGCAUAUCAAGAAAAGCUGAAGCAAACCUUCAAUCCAAGCGUGUUUCUGCAAAAUUUCAACUUUCCAAUACCGUUUCGACGAAAACCAAAACCAAAGCCAAGCGAAGAUACAACAGUGUUUCCUACCCCUUACAAGACGCUUUACCAUCCGAGGGCUGCGAGGUACCAACCAUUCCGCAGGUCGGAGUUCAUCGAACUCGCCAACUUUGGUGUGGUUGAAAUCGACCCAACUGAGAGUGGUGUGGGGCACGACUUUGAGCCGGUGGUGUUCAAGAAUCCAACUUGGUGUGACUUGUGCGGUGACUUUGUGUGGGGAGCCUGCAGUUUACAGCAAGGGCUUCAGUGUCAAAACUGCAAUUUUACUUGCCACCUAAGGUGUCGAAGUUUUGUCGCAUUAGACUGCAAAGGCCAAGGGGAAAUGGAAACGAGCGACCUAAGCGAGCAGAAGCAGGACGAGAGAAAGGAAGGAAAUGGUCGUAUAUCACCAUUGUUUCUUGAGGACUUGCCUAGAGAUGAGCUAAUGUCACGAAUUCAGUCCUACAACCUACAAGAACCAGGGCUUGACAUGGUUUUGCAAGAAGACGGGUCGGUACGAGGUUUCGUGAGAGUGCGCAUGAACCUGAUGCGUCCCAUCAACGUUGUCGCCGGUACAAGACCUCCGUCCAUUUACAACAUCCUCAAGGAUGAAGACAGUGAUAGAAAAACGCUUACUUCCUUCUACCUGCCCAGGGACACUAUAAAGGCUCUUCACAUUACGAGUGAAUAUUCUGUACGGGAACUGAUAGUGGCCCUUCUAAAAAAGUUCAAAGUAGCAGACAAUCCACGGAAGUUUGCACUUUAUGAAAGUCAAGUCGACGAAAACACCGGUGAAGUGAAGCUCAGGAAACUUCAAGAUACGGAUAAACCUUUAUGGCUCGCCUUGGACUGGAAUAGCCGAACGAGGCAAUUUGUUCUUCAGGAAAAUGACAAUAGUGAUAUAGAGUGGGAGGACUUUGCAGUUCCGGAGCUUCAAAACUUCCUGAAGAUUCUGGAUCUCGAAGAGGAAGAGUACCUGACCCAGCUGAAGCUGAAGUACGACCUCGUGCGUUCGAAAAUUCAGGAAGCAAUGGACUCGUUCCCGAAGCCUGAAAAUGAAGUUCCCGAGGUGGAAGGCUCGGAGCCACAUGGGCCUGAGCGUGCAGAAAACGUGUCACGCUCUUGAUUUUGGCGUUAAAGCUUAGAACUUCUAAAAUUGGUUUUCCAAUUUCUCCGCAUGCCAUAGACCUCUGGAAGUUGCGCUGUUGUCGAUGACUUGAAGUGCCAGCAGUUCAAUCGAGGUAGUGUCGCACCGUGUUCAAACGUGUUGGUGGGCAUUUAUGCAUUCUAAUUGGAGUUAACUCAAUGCCUUGCAAGCGAGAACUAUGGGCACCGAAUUCGACAUUAGUCACGAAGUCCAGAUGUGUUUUCAUGUGCAUUCGAUGUUUUAUUCGUCCCGCUAAUAACUAGUAGUACCUGCAUUUGAUACGUGAUUUACUUGCUUUUGCUUGAAGUUGCUAGCUUCCCGGUGAUGGACUAAAUGCAGGAGGGCUAUUCAACUGGCACAUUCAAUGCUGUUCGUGCCAGACAGAGCUGUAUAUGUUUGCUUCUAGGCAUAUUUAUUUCUUUCCACGCGCUUUUGUUCUUCCUCUUUAAAUCACUACACCUGUUCACGUCACAUCUUAAAAGGCGAUUAGCCAUCCACUUUUCUUUUCUGUUCAUUUUUAUUGCAAUGAAUUUCUGCAAAUCGGUGUACAGAUGUUGUACUACAGUUAGUGCAAAAGUGAGUGAUAUGGAAGCAUUUUUUUUUUUUCGUUCUAACAUUAUUUUGUGUCUGUAUUUGUAUAGAAUACUGCAGACGUGUGUAUAUAGGAUAUAAAGUAUUUACUUCAAUGAUAACAAUUAUAGUACACAAGACUAUUAAGGGGCUUGAACGGUAAUGUUAAUACGCAUAUACUAAGACAAAAAUUGCACGAUCUUUUUUCAACUGUUCUAACCACAAAUAAACCAAACUACCAGAAGUUACACAAAUGUUGCCAUAAAACCAUAAUACAGGAAACAGACUUGAUAGGUCAGUUUCGUCAAAUUUGUGUAAUCUAGCAUUUGUGGGAUACAACUUUCCUUCAGUACCAGUGUGAAAAGAAGGCGGAAAAAACGUCUGUAAAGCCAAUAUGAAAUGUCAAGUGGAAAUUGGGAUCAAACAGCCUCAUCUAAUCAGUACUAGCUUCUGUAUUUCCAAUAAGUUUAAUACCCCGGGGUGACUAACCUUGAUAAUUAUUCUGCUCACUCUCGCAUGAUUGUAAAGAAAUGCAAGAUACUUCUUUCAUUCCUCCUCUUAGUUUGGCGAGGAUGUGAUUUGUAGAAAAAUAAGAUUACAUUAUUUCACACAACUAGUGGGAAUACUGGUGGAACAGUCCUGUGUAGUUAGCACAAACGUGUGCCAUAAAACAGCAGGAAAUGCUAUUCCAAUGAACAUCACAGAAAAUGCGAAUAUGAACAGUUGCCUUGCCUAAAUUGAUAAUACAAUUCUAUCAACAGUUGUCUAUGACAGUAGUUCCCAGCCAUAAAUAUGUCGGAGACCUCUUGUGGACUGGUGGAAGUCAUGGGGGACCGCUUGCAGCGAGGGGAGGGAGGAUGGGGGGUACGUAGUUAAAUUAACACAACUGGAGUGUGAGACUGGAGCCUUUUAUUUCUACCAAAAACAUCAAACAAACGUGCCACAUCACAUCAGUUUGGACACUUCAUCAAUACGUGGCACUGUCACGCUUCAAGAAAAAUACCGGGGAGGGUUUCGCGGAUCGUAGAAAUGACUUCGCGGACCUCUUAGGGUUCAAGGACCCCCAUUUGAGAACCACUGGUCUAUGACUUUCACCCCAUGCUUGAAGAUUAUGCAAUUCUAAACAAGAUUUCAAAUGCAUGAUUUAAAGAAUGUUAUGCCUCUCAAGCCAUUUUGUAGCAUGUCUCCAACAAUGCUUUUUAUUCAGUGAGAUUUUGAUUAUGUGGCAAUCUCAAUAAGCAAUGCAGAGCAUAGUUUUCUUGCUUUCAUAAUUCUAACAUGAAAACUCGCUCAUGAUGCACCAAGUGGUAUGUACCACGACCGACAAAUUUCCCUACUGAAGACUUCUUAUUCUUCUCACCUUUAACCCUUUCUGUAUCAGCGACGAUAAUAGUUGUCAGGAGUGAGAAGUAAUCACAAUGUGUUCCCACAGAAGUACGUCAGUCGAUUCCUUUGUAGCUGUUUUUUAUGGUACUCGAGUCGCAUGUAGUUUUUCUCUAUUCUUCAGGUGCUAUUCAGUAGAAGUGUGGCUUUCCUGCUUGACACAUUUUUUGGAAACUUGGUGCAAUAUCUUCAAAGGGCCCUGCAACACUUUUCAGCAUGGUCAGAAAACGCUGCCGAUCGGUAGUUGAGGUAGCCCCAGAAUUCGCAAUUAAUAUUUAAAGUCGGCUAGACAUGGUUCCUUCGUCUUUCUACAAAUAAUGCCACAUGCCGGUAUCCACAUCCUUUAGCUGAUUUGACCACAGUGAACUGCUUAGUAAAUGUGAAUUCCGCAGGAGGCUGCCACAUGCCUAUGCUCGCAAUCACACUGAAAUUAAGCUGCAAUCUGAACAUAAAAGAAAUAAAAAGAGAGAAGUGCUCAAGGUUAUAACACACUCUUGACAUAAUUACUUCCUUUCGUGCCAUCACUCUGAGCUUACUAACUUCCAGCACGUUGGUCGGGACGAGGAAAGAGGGAAAGCAAUUACAACGUGCAACAAACCUGUGCAAGUCUACUCGUACUUUUGCAAUGCAAUAAACUCUUUCAUAGUGAAGCCAUUCGAUGGUUACGUGUAAGAGUGAUGCAGGGCCCCUUUAUAUACCUGCAGAAUGGAAAGGUAAAAAUCAUGCUGAGUGCAGUGGGAUAUUUUAAUAGACCGUGUUUAUUCAUAUUGUAAUAUGCUGAACACGCAGCUGGCAAUCGUCGAAGUAGACACCAGGAAAGGAUGAGAAAGCCUUUUCUUUCUGUGGUUGCUAGAUUCAUUGCUACCUUUAAAUUGUGCAGGGUGGGCGACACGGCCAAGCUCAUUGUAACGAAGCUGCACCUUACAUGAAAAUAAGCUUGUUAUAUUCGAAAAUUCGUUUUAAAGUAUAUUCCUAACAAUGUCACUAUUGCAAGAGUAUUCUUCAAUAUACUUUUUUGUAACCAAUAUUUCGUAAUGUUCCGGUUCGUUAUAUCAAUGUUUGCAUGUGUACAUAAUAGCAGGAAGGUAGCCUAAAGUAACUUGCGAUUCGAAGAACACAUAGGAUAAGUGUGUCAUUUUUACGCGUCAUAGUUGUUUCAGCAGUCAUAGUUUCUUUGCUGAACAUUCCGGUUCAGGUAGAAAGCUGUGUAUUUUGAGGGUGUGCAAUAUUUUGCUAUGCUUUUAGGAGUAUUACGGUCUUAUAAGUCUUCCUAGUACACAGUCUGCCUUAUUAUCACAGCAGCAAGGCUCCCUAAUGUAGUAAAACACUGUGGCCAGUAUUUCAUUAUAAAUGUAGCAUGUGAAGUGGCAGAUGCCAGGUUGCUCCUAGCACCACAGCUCUCUGCAAUUUGAAAACAUGCAAGACAUUGGCAGUCUCUCACUGUUCAGUGCCCGUCCCUAUAUUUUAAUUUUAUCAUUGCAGUCUUGAGAGGACCAACGACUGACCAUGAUGCCUUAGGAUAAUGGAGUAGUGGCAUAAGUCAAAUAAAAGAUGUUGAUUUCAGCAUUGACUUAUUGACUUGAAAUGCGGUGCAAGGUGGCCUUGUAAACUAGGCAUGAGCCAAAAUUUAUCAUAUCAGGACACUGGCACUUGGUAGAAGUGUUCGAACUUGUGCAUUGUGCCCAUAUAGCAUUGUGGAGGCCUUAUCUAAGUCACUUUGAUUAUAUUUCUGUGCCUAAAGCUCUUUUUAUCAUAUUUUUUUAUCCCUCAAGCUUCUUUUUUUGGCCUGUUGUUGCUAGCACCUUUCUUUUUCAAUCAUUUUUCACUAUAAAUAUUCGGGGGGCAUUUGACACUUUCAUUAUGUCACAUCUGCCUUGUCCCACGCAACACACAUAUCGCGGACAAUCCCGCAAUUCUUCAAAGUAGUAUGUUUGAAUGGCUUUCAUACUUAUCGAUUUGAAGGUUUGCUGCCAUUGCCUGCAUUCGUUUUUGACCAUUUUGUCCAGCAUUUUGCAAUUAUCUAUCCAGGGAGAACACUGUAGGCCAAACAUUUCUAUUAAAACUUGCUUGUGUAGUGUCUUCAAAUUAGUGGUGUUGGGUUACGUGGUUUGUAACACUGGGCAGUAAAAUUGAACACUAUGUUGCUAUUUCUAUUUAAUUGUUUUACGUGCUGGACUCUCACAUAGAAAUUUUCUAUCAUGGGCAUUUUAUUACCAUAUUGCAAUGUGGAUUAACUUGUUUGUGAAUGUGACUAACUUCAUAGCACUACUAUGACGUUGCGUGAUGUGCAGAACUAGGAAGAAAGGUCACAGACUAGGCUUCUUCCCUCUGCUUCUGUGCUGUACAAGAGGCACUCCGUGCUAUCAAAUAUUUUUCAUGUCUCGUUAUAUAUUUCAGUCACCUCCACCAUUGUGCAUGAAAAAAAAAAUUUCAAGGGGCUCGUUUUUUUUUUUUUUUUUUGCUAGGCACAAUCAGUUGAAUCUGACAGACAAUUAGGCUAGGGGAGGUAUAGUAGGCAAUAAGUGUUAUCUCAUAGUCUAGUAACUGUGUCAUACAUUUAAAUGAACUGAAGUGAAGAAAAGUCACCCUUUUUGUUAGUGAGAUAGGAAGCCACAACUUUCGAAUUAUAGUUGAACCACUAUAAGAGACCUACUACGAAGCAUUUGUCGUCCCUUGUACACCCGUACCUCAAUAUAACGAACCCACAUAUAAUGAAACACUGUUUAUAACUUAGUAAAUUAAGAAAUGUUCUUGCAGUUCAUAUAGUAUGACAAUUAUAGCUCUAUAACGAAUAUUCGAAUAUAACAAACCAAUUUUCGGUAAAAUGCAAGUUUAUUUUAAUUCAGCUUAAAUGUAUGAUGAGUUUUCUCUUAUAAGCAGGGUCAAAUACCAUGUUCUUAUUUUCUGGUCAACCCAUAUUUCUGUGUAGGCACACUGCUGUCCAUUAUACCCAAUUGUCUCUUACA